UCGUGUUUAUUUUACAACUUAAUUUCCGUCAAAUCUCUCCGUAGUCUAAACUAUCUCGUUCUCCUUUUGUCCGUCACAGAGAUAGAUCGGAGAUGUCGUCGCAACACAAUACAUCGUCAUCGGCAAACGAUCCACGUCAGCCAUCGGCAGCGAAGCCUUACGUAGCACCGAUGAUCUCGCCACAAGAUCUACCGGUCGAUUACGCCGGUUUCAUCGCUGUUGUUUUUGGUGUUGCUGGCGUUAUGUUUAGGUAUAAGGGAUGCUCGUGGCUUGCAAUCAUAUUCUGUGCACAAUCGCUAUCCAAUAUGAGAAAUGCCGAGAAUGAUCUGAAACAGAUCUCUAUGGCUACUAUGUUUGCGAUCAUGGGGUUGGUGACUAAUUACUUGGGGGCUUCUCGACCAAGUCCUCAGCCACAAAAGUGAGCCUUCAUCCUGGGGACUAAACAAGGAGAGACAAUUUAAGGUCCCUUGCAUCUGGUGGUGCUGAUUAAUUAGUUUUGAAGGCCGUGGCUGAUCUGAUUUGACAAAUUUAAUCGAAACUUUGUAAAUUUACCUUGUUGAGAUUCCAUUAGCUAUUACGUUUUAGUAAUGAUGUAUUGAACUGAUAUGAAAGAGGCAUAUACCAACAUAUCUUCUUCUGAAUAUUUGAAAGCACUAAGCAGGAUAUUAGACUGUGUUAACUUUUUUUUUUAUUCAGUGAACAUUUAUUUUUA